ACCAGGAGCUCAUUCAAGACGUACUGGAAGGCGCGCCCAAAAAUUCCCAUGAAUCUCCUCUCGCUAACAAUCUAGGGCACCAGUAGCCUAGGGUUCUUCGUGUAUGGAUGCGUCGUCUGUUAUGGCGGUGGAGGACGACGACGCCGAUUCUGAUCCAGCCGCGGCAAUGCGGCCUGCGAUCCUUGUGCUGCUCCUCUGCCGCUGCCGCGCAGGAUCACAGGGAGGAUACGGAUGAGAUUGACAAGGUAUGCUCCAUUCUCUUCCGUGGCGGUGGAUUAUCCCCGGCAUGGCGAUCGGAGCUCAAGUCCCUCAAUCUCGACUUGCGGCCUCAGCUAGUGGCUUCGGUGCUCCAGCGAUCGACCGAUGUGGGACUCUUGUCUUGCUUCUUCCAGUGGGCACAGCGGCAAGAGAGGUUCCAGCACGAGCCAGGCGCCUAUGAGGCAAUGCUGGAGGUUUUGGCUCUUGAUCGAGAUCGCGGGCAGCUGCUGGAUUGGCUGCUGGAUCAAGUGAUCCUCAAGUGCCGGAACACGGGCUCCAGCCUCGUGGAUUCUUUGCUUCGUGCUUACAUGGGGGCUGGAAACGCUGCGCGGGCGAUGGAAGCUUUCACGAGGCUGGCCAGAGUUUUCAAGCCCAACAUCACUCUUUGCAACGCUUUCCUCGGAUUGCUGCUCGAGGCCGGCGAGUAUGAGCUCGCAAGCCAAGUUCUACACUUCAUGAUGCUCCACGGCUGCUAUCCGGAAGAUGGCACCUUCCGGCUCCUCAUGGCCGCUGCACAUCCCACCAAGGCCUUCGAGCUCUUCCAGAGCGCUAUAGAGAUUGGAAGAGUUCCUUCCUUCGGCCUCAAUCGCCCGCUGCUCGAGUUCGUGUGCCGGGCCGCCACCGCCGACCAGGUUUGCAGGGUGGCGCAUAUCAUCACCGACGGUAGCUUCUACUCGGACCUGGUGACUUGCAACUCUAUCCUGAAUGGCUUCCGGCUGGCCGGCAAGUGCGACGACGCUUACGAGUUCUUCCAGACCGUGAGGGCCAAAGGAUGCAAUCCCGACGACAUUAGCUACCGGAUCCUCGUGCUGGCUCAUUGCAGAGCGGGAAGCAUGGAGCGAGCUCUGGAGCUCUUCAAGACCAUGCAAAGCAUUGCAAGCCUGGAUGUCAGGACUUGCAACAUCAUGGUGGACUCGCUGUGCAAGGGUGGUCUCGUGGACGAUGCGGCGGAGCUCGUCCAUGGUAUGAUGGACAAAGGGCCUUACCCCGACACUGUGACGUGCAAUAGCCUCCUCGAUGGCCUGUUCAAGGUGAACAAGGUGGAGCACGCCAUGAAGCUGUACGAGAAGAUGAGCCGGAGCUUCGUUAAGGCCGACGCUUUUACGUACAACAUUCUUCUCCACGGGCUUUGCAAGGCCGGGAGGAUUCAAGAGGCUUGCCAGAAGCUCUCGGCGGCACUGCGAGACCGAGAAGCGCCGGUGCGGCACGAGCUACUCUAUGAGGCACUCAUUGGUGGCCUGUGCAAGGUCGGAAAAUACGACCACGCCAUGGCGGUGUUUCGAAAGAUGAAGCUGCCCAGCUCCAUGUCCUACAACAUUGUCAUCGCUGCUUGCGUGAAGCGGGGCAGAAACGAAGCGGCAGUGGAGCUGUUUCGAGAGAUGAAAGUCAAGAAGCGCGUCCCGGACAUCUUCACUUUCAACACCGUGAUCCAGUCCCUGUCCAAAGCUGGGAAGUUCAAGGAAGCUCUGGACAUUGUGGACGAGAUGGUGUGGCUCCAGUGCUCACCAAACGAGUUGACUUUCGGGCUUCUCGUGCACGGUUUGUGCAAAGCCAAGCGGGCCCUCGAAGCCGAGAGUGUGCUCGAGGUCAUGGACACGGUCGGAUGUGUCCCAGACGUUGUGCUUCUCACGGCACUGAUAAGCGGCCACCUGAAGGAAGGAAGGGUCGAUGAUGCGUCAAGGCUGUUCGAGAGGAUGCUGAGCGGCGGCCAGAGGUGGAGCAAGCCAAACUUGCGAACUUUCAACAUCAUGAUCCACGGGUUGUGCAAGGCAAACAAAGUUGGCGAGGCGGACGCGUUGGUGAGGCGGAUGGAAGACGAGUGUGGGGUCGCUCCGGACGAGUUCACUUUCAACACGAUCAUCGAUGGCCACUUCAAGGCCGGGGACAGCAAGGGAGCCUUGUCGCUGUUCAAGGAGAUGGCGAGGCUGGGGCGGUGCCGCUGCAGUGUGACGCUCAACACGGUGGUCACUGGACUGUGCAAAGCUGGAGAGGUGGACAGGGCCGUGACACUUGUCCGGGACUCGGCCUCGGCACGCCAGGCAACCGUCUUCAUGUACAAUGUGGUGAUCGACAAGUUUGCCAAGCUCGGACGGUUUGAGGCAAGCAAGCAGCUCUUCCAAGAAAUGAGCCGGUUUGGUUGCCAUCCCGACUCGGUGACGUUUACCAUCCUCGUCUCCGAGUCGUGCAAGCAGCGGCGGACACACGAAGCUCUCGAGCUCGUCGAGCAGAUGACCAAGAACAAGGGGUGCUCGUGGACGACGCUCCCUUUCAACAUGGUGCUCAAUGCCUUGGCAAAGUCCGGGGAGAUGGAAGCCGCGGGAAAGGUUCACCGGAGCAUGAAGGUGGCAGGGAUUGAAUGCGACCUGGUGACUUACAACACGCUCCUCGACGGCUACUUUGGAGCUGGGCGAGCGCGAUCGGGCGAUGGCUACCGAGUUUUCGGCGAGCUUCUCCACAGCGGGUGUGCUCCAGACACUCUGUCGUUCAACGCGCUGCUGGGAUGCUUGUGCUGCGAUGGUAGAUUGGAGGAGGCGGUGGCGAAGUUUUGGGGAGAGAUGCGAGAGAGGAGAGAAUGCUGGCCCGACGCUGUGACUCACGCUCUUCUCGUCCGCCAGUGCUGCAAGCAGCGAAACAUCGAGCUAGCGUGUCGAAUCGUGGACGAAAUGCUCCAUCGCGGCUUUGUUCCGACUCCAGGCAUCGCCAGCAUGCUCGUAAACUUGAUCCAAAGUGGUAGCGAUGAUGCUCGCCAUCGUCAGUGGCUGCAAAGCUUUCUUUCCUCCUCACAGAAAAGAGAGGACAGUCAAACAAGUGUGUGAUUGACCACAGUCAAUGGGUGAUUGACUUUCAUAGCGGUGGA